GCGCCCAGACAUGCAGCCCCACCGAGCCCUCCUAUUGGUCGCCGGCCUCGCCCUGCUGACGCCUCCAGCGGAGGUCUCCGCUGACUACCGGCCAAAUCCCAGACCAGACCCGCUGACGGACUGCUGCGUGCAGGGCGUGCCCGUAUGCGCGCGCCUCAGCCGCGAGCUGGGAAUCCCCGACUUCGGCUGCGAGGUGCUGUGCAGAUCGCAGGGCUUCCCCGGCUCGCUGGGCUGCGACUACUCUGGACCCACGCCCGCCUGCGGCUGCGCCAACCAGCCCGUGGUCGAGUCUCCAGACCCACAGACCGUCUGAAGCAAGAGCCGCAGCAAGAGACCAGCUGUCCGCGAUGCGCCACUGCCCUCGUCACCAACGUGCGUGCCAGUAGUAAUGGUGCUGCCUGAGACAGUUCACACAACUUUGUGUCGGGUUACGACUAAACACAUCGCUCUUUACUGCACUCGUAUUAUUUAGCCAAUAGUUUCACUUAUUCGCCGUUAGAGGUAUCCAAAGACUUAGAGCCCAAUCACCCUUCCUCCCAUAGACAAAAAUGUGCUUCAAGUUCCAAAGAUCCACCAUAAUUAUGUAUCACUGUCAUACUGCAUAUCAGUAAAUUAAAUUAAUAUUAAAAAUAGUAAUGAUAA